AAAAAAAAAUCAAACUAGAAACAAAGCAUGAACACUAGGGAGAUUGCAGUGCCUUAUUAUGGUGUCUGCCCUAUAGCAGUCUUUGCUCAAGAUGGCUUCAUAAGGUCACUUUCAGCCCUUCGCUUCUGUGACCACAAAUAGCAUCUUUGGCAAAUCUGGUUUCAGUUGGGCCUUUGCUCACCUCCCGAAUUCCACGCAGGGUCUUAAAAACCCUUGAGGAAUAAAAGAUUUAAGCCUGCCCAAUGGACUCCGUGAUUCCGUACUUAUAAAAGUGCCCCAAACGGGGGUGGGGGGAAGGAGGGGACAGAUGCCCUAGGAGCAACCCGAGACCGGUCUGCGCGAUCUGCCAAGUCACUGGCUCUGCCUAGGACCCAGAAAUGAGAACGCUCCCGAGACUGGUGGAUCUGUCCCUCCUCCGGAGAAAGGAUGCGGGCAACCGAUCUAAGAGACGUCCUCUGGAGUGAGCUGAGUGGCUUUCCAGCCUCAGCGGUGCGGAAGUGCAGCGAUGACGCAAGAACCAGAGCGGCCCGUACGGCCUCGAACUCAGGGUAGGGUCCUGUUCCUGGUCAUCUGUGCAGCUGGCAUUGGUGGAACUUUUCAGUUUGGCUACAACCUUUCCAUUAUCAAUGCUCCAACCUUGCAUAUUCAGAAAUUCACCAAUGAAACAUGGCAAGCACGCACUGGAAAACCACUGCCUGACCAUGUGGUUCUGCUUGUAUGGUCCCUCAUUGUGUCUCUUUUCCCCAUGGGGGGACUUUUUGGAGCCCUGCUUGCAGGACCCAUGGCCAUUAAGCUGGGAAGGAAGAAGUCGCUCCUGGUGAAUAACAUCUUUGUGGUGGCUGCAGCGUUACUAUUUGGCUUCAGCCACAAAGCAGGCUCCUUUGAGAUGAUCAUGCUGGGAAGACUGCUCAUAGGAGUCAGUGCAGGCGUGAGCAUGAACGUUCAGCCUAUGUACCUGGGGGAGAGUGCUCCCAGUGAACUCCGAGGAGCAGUGGCCAUGACCUCAGCCAUCUUCACAGCCCUGGGGAUCGUGAUGGGACAGGUGGUCGGAUUGAGGGAGCUGAUGGGUGGCCCACAGGUAUGGCCCCUUCUGCUGGCCAGUUGCCUGGUGCCUGGGGUACUGCAGCUCGUCUCAUUGCCCCUGCUUCCUGAGAGCCCACGCUACCUCCUCAUUGACUGUGGAGACACAGAGGCCUGCCUAGCCGCUCUGCAGCUGCUGCGGGGCACCCAGGAUGUGGCAGAGGAGUUUGAAGAGAUGGAGGAGGAGCGUGCUGCCUGCCAGGGCCGCCAGGCACGGCGCCCAUGGGAGUUGUUCCAGGACCGGGGCCUGAGAAAGCAAGUGACAAGCCUUGUGGUGCUGGGCAGUGCCAUGGAGCUCUGUGGGAAUGACUCGGUGUAUGCCUAUGCCUCCUCAGUGUUCCGGGAGGCAGGAGUGCCUGAAGAGAAGAUCCAGUAUGCCAUCAUUGGAACUGGGAGCUGUGAGCUGUUUGCAACUUUUGUUAGCUGCGUGGUGAUUGAGAGGGUGGGUCGGAAGGUGCUGCUGGUAGGGGGAUACUCUCUGAUGACCUGCUGGGCCAGCAUCUUCACAGCUGCGCUGUGUCUGAAGAGCUCCUUCCCCUGGAUGCCCUAUCUGGCCAUGUCCUGCGUCUUUGCUUUCAUCCUCAGCUUUGGUAUCGGCCCUGCUGGAGUGACGGGAAUCCUGGCCACAGAGCUGUUUGACCAGACAGCCCGACCUGCUGCUUACAUGGUCUGUGGAGCCCUGAUGUGGAUCAUGCUCUUCCUGGUUGGAAUUGGGUUCCCCUUUGUCAUGGAGAGCCUGUCCCACUUCCUCUUUGUUCCYUUCCUCGGUGUCUGCGUCUGUGGAGCCAUCUACGCUGGAUUGUUCCUCCCUGAGACCAAAGGCAAGACAUUCCUGGAGAUCUCUGAGGAUUUACACAGACUCAGCUUGCCCGCGCAGGCCCAGGGCCCCACAAGGAGCAGCAGGGAGGUCAUCCAGUCCACAGAGCUAUAGCUGCACAGUUGUGGCAGGGGCUAAAGGUGGCUGCUGCCCUGUCCUUUGCUUUUCAGAAUGACUUGCAUUUUAACAAGUGUUUAUUCAGCACCUACAUUUGCCCUUUUUAUACUUUGAUAUAAUUCUAUAUUAUUUGUACACAUUUGUGUCCGGCUUUCUUUGGAAAAGUUUAGUUGCGUGUGUUAGUAUACAUUCCUUUGUGUUGCUGAGUAGUUAUCCCCUGUAUGGAUAUACCAUGAUUUGUUUAUCCCUUUGCCUAUUGGGGGCUGGGGAUACAGCUCAGUUGGUACAGUGCUUUCCUUGCAUGCAUAAGGCCCUGGGUUCAAUCCCCAGCACUGCCAAAAAAAAAAAAAAAAAGUCUUUGGUAGACAUUUGGAUUACUUCUAAUUCUUGGCCAUCAUGAAUAAAGCUGCUGGUGAGUAUUCCUAUGCAAAUUGUUGUAUAGAUGUGUAUUUUCAUUUUUUGUGCAUCUGUUUGGGCUGCUAUAACACAGUAUCAUAGACUGGGUGGCUUAUAAACA